AUGUGUAGGCAAGGAUCGCGCGUCGUCUAUAUUCCCCCUCGCCAAACAAUAGCUCCUACCAGUACGAUAACCUUGGCAAUGAAGCGCUACUCGAUGUUGUCAUUGCCCGAGCGCGCUCACAGGGCGUUAUCGAGUGACGCUUUGUUCCAAGGUCUGUCGGCCGUCAACAACGGCAUGCCCGGUAGACCUCGAACUCAACCAAGACAUGCUCCAGAACGAGUUGGGACUAGUCAUUCCUCUAAAUUCGCCUCAUCAAGAAACUCGAGACUGCUUCAGGCUAUGUCAUUGUCAAGAAGUGAGGCAAGUACAAGUCGUCUUUACUCUGCUGAACCGCCAAUUUUUGGACCAACGGAUGGACUCAAACGUCUUCGCUUGCCAUCGACUCCAGCUGCACAAAAUCAGAUAUCCAAGACUGAUACUUGCCAUCGAUCUUCGCAUUGGCCGAGUCCGUCGAAUAUGCCAUCCUCGACAGCGCCAUCUUCCGCGCUCGCUUCGUCGCCGCCGGCCUCGCAAACUCGGCGGCUAGGCAACCGGAGUCAUGAUCACAGCUUCCAAAACCCCUUCAAGGAUAACGAGGACAGCGGCGUCAAGCUCGUGGAUCCAGUAGGAGAAGUGCUUUUGAGCUCGUGGGAAGUAGUUUCGAUUCGGAACCCCGCAGUGCCAUACUAG